AUGGUCACUCCCAGGCGGUUUCCGACGCUCGUGCAGCUGGAGCAGCGAGAAGGGACGCUGUUCACGGUGCUCGGUAACCUCACCAAGCAGCCCUACUGGUUCCACUCCGAGUACCUGAAGAGUCCGAAGGCAGUUCACCUCGAGGCGUGGCUGGUGGAAGCGAUCUUCGGCCGGGGAGGAGAGCACAUCCCACACGUCGAGUGUGUGUCGCAGACUCUGCUUCACGUUAAUCGGUGGGACCCCGAGGGCGAGGCUGAGAUCUUGAUAUUUGGUCGGCCUUAUUACCAGAAAGAUGUAUCCAAGAUGAUCAUGAAUUUGGCUGACUAUCACCGCCAACUCCGGGCACAAAGCUCAGAGAAGGUCCCUGCCCAGGACGCAGCGACCCAGCGGUCCCCCGAUGCUUCCCGAGAGGCCGCAACCCAGCGGUCCCCCGACGUUGACCGGGAGACGGCGACCCAGAGCUCCCCGAAAACUGCCCUGGAGGCGGCGACCCAGAAGUUCCCCGACACUGCCCGGGAGGCGGCGACCCAGAAGUUCCCCGACACUGCCCGGGAGGCGGCGACCCAGAGUUCCCCGAAGGCUGCCCGCGAGGCGGCGACCCAGAGUUCCCCGAAGGCUGCCCGCGAGGCGGCGACCCAGCGGUCCCCGAAGGCUGCCCGCGAGGCGGCGACCCAGCGGUCCCCGAAGGCUGCCCGCGAGGCGGCGACCCAGAGUUCCCCGAAGGCUGCCCGCGAGGCGGCGACCCAGCGGUCCCCGAAGGCUGUCCGCGAGGCGGCGACUCAGCGGUCCCCCGGCGCAGCCCGCGAGGCGGCGACCCAGCGGUCCCCCGGCGCAGCCCGCGAGGCGGCGACCCAGCGGUCCCCCGGGGCUGCCCGCGAGGCGGCGACCCAGCGGUCCCCCGGGGCUGCCCGCGAGGCGGCGACCCAGCGGUCCCCCGAGGCUGCCCGGGAGGCGGCGACCCAGCGGUCCCCGAAGGCUGUCCGCGAGGCGGCGACUCAGCGGUCCCCCGGCGCAGCCCGCGAGGCGGCGACCCAGCGGUCCCCCGGCGCAGCCCGCGAGGCGGCGACCCAGCGGUCCCCCGGGGCUGCCCGCGAGGCGGCGACCCAGCGGUCCCCCGAGGCUGCCCGGGAGGCGGCGACCCAGCGGUCCCCCGGCGCAGCCCGGGAGGCGGCGACCCAGCGGUCCCCCGAGGCUGCCCGGGAGGCGGCGACUCAGCGGUCCCCGGACGCUACCCAGGGCCCGGUUACCAGGUCAUAA